CCUCAUUCCUUCUUUCCUUCAUCAAUUCCUGGAUUUAAUAUUGCCCGAUGUGUUCUCUCUCAACACUUUUCUCCCCUUGAAUCGACGACUUUAUUACACACACGCUCUCAUAUAAAUUAGAUAUAUAUUAUAUAUCAAACUUUAAAGUUUUCUUCCUUCUUACUAUACGUGGUUAUAUAUAUAUAUAUAUAUAUAUAUAUAUAUAUAUAUUGCUGGCGAUCGCUUCUAGUAAGGAAAGCAAAAGUAAGGAUUUAAGAAAACACUUAGACAUAGCUGAACAAAACAUUCCCCUUCCCAAACAGAAAAAAAAGAAAAGAAAAAAGUCGUAAAUAUUGAUUAUAAAUCGUAUAUGUGAAAAUAAUUUUUUUAAAAAUCAAGAAAAUGAAAGAAGACACAGAUACAGAAGGAUCAUAGACAAGUAAUAAUCAAAGCUAAUAAUAACAGCGUCGAUGAUAAUGACGACGACGACGACAGGAACAACAACAACCAUAAAAAAAGAGAACAAGAAGUGAAACAUUCGGGGAAAGCUUUAAGUUGGUCUUUUUUUUUAGCCCGAUACUUCCUCCUGUCUCUUGUUAUGGUGUAUUUUAUAGGCUAUGGCGGCAAGCUGUAUCUAUGAGCAAAAUAUCUUUUUUGCAGUUUCCACAAUGUCUCUUUAUGGUUUGUGCAGUCAGUUUUUUCAAGUAAGGAACAUUUCUUGUCACUGAUCUAUGAUGUCUAAUUCAGUGAAGCAGGUGAAGCAAAUUAUUGGCCGUAGAACACGGAGGAUUAGUGGCAAAUAUCAUUUAGAAUAUCUCAUUCGAUGGAAAGGCUUUGGCCACAAAGGAGACACAUGGGAGCCAGUCAGUAACUUGAAGUCUUGUCAAGUGUUGGUGCGCAAAUAUGAACGGAAACAUGGCAAAAUAUCGCUUAGAAACACAUCUGCCUGUAAGAUAUUAAAAAAUGCUAUCAAGUCUAAAAAGACACCUAAUUCUAAGAGGGUUUCUCCUGAUAGCAAGAGCAGGACUAGUGUACAUGUAAAAAGAGAAAAUGGUGUGAGUGAUGAGUGUACAGAAUGUGACAGUGAUGACGAUCUAUUAUAUUCACUUGUCUCAAAACCAACAAAACCAAAAAAAAAGAUUGAACCUAAGACUGUUAAAAAAGUGCCAAAGGCAACAAGUAAGAACUGUGAAACAAAUGCUAGCUCAAAAGUGCCAUUGACUGUGUUAGCAAGCAGAACAUCAACUCCUUGUACUACCAAAAAAAAAGGGAUGAAGCGAAUGAAGUUGCUGGACAGUGUAAAGAAAAGUGAAUCAAAAGCAGUAAUUUCUGGAAUUACAAAUAAACCUGUCUCUGCAGUGACUGCUUACACUGCAGAUGUCAGCCAGAUCAAGCGUACCUCAUCCAUGAAUCCAGCCACCAUGUCAAUGGAUACAUUGUAUGGAGAUGUGCCUGGAUUCCAGAUGUUACCAAUGAUCCCUACCAGCCCAUCCACUAACACAUACCGUUUACUCAUGUCAAAAGUUCCUCCACAGCCUCACUUAAACAAGAAGCAUAAACGGAAAGAAGAGACUGACAGUAGUGAUGAAGAAUGUCAAACUCAAAUUGAACGCCGUCUCAGUGUACGCCAAAGUGAGUGUGCUUUUAGAUACAAAGAAAUCGUCGUCAAAAAAUCAAAGGGCUACACUCAAAUAUGGCUGAACACUCACACUGAACUAAGAAAUGCUUUAAAUCCACAGGUUAUUCAAGAAGUUGUGUCUGCCUUAAAUUCUGCCAAAUAUGAUGACAGUCAUCUUGUGAUGUUUUCCAGUCUUGGCAGUGUCUUUUGCUCUGGCAUAGACCUCCAUUUUCUGCUAACUGGUGAACGUAAGGUACAAGCCAGAAAAAUGGCAGAUGCACUCAGAGAGUUUACUAAGGCCUUUAUAACUUUUCCCAAACCAAUUGUGGCUGUUGUUCCUGGAGCUGCCAUAGGAACUGGCAUGGCUAUACUUCCUAUCUGUGAUAUUACAUAUGCCAGUGACAAAGCAACAUUCUAUUUACCUUAUUCUCAACUGGGACAGACUCCAGAAGCUUGUGCCUCUUACACACUUCCUCUUGCUGUUGGUAUUGCAAUGGCCAAUGAACUGUUGUUGGGUCGGCGGAAAGUAACAGCAACUGAGGCUCAUCAGCUGGGUUUAAUCUCUCAAGUCUUCUGGCCUACGUCUCUCAUGCAAGAGGUCAUACCUCGAAUUCAGACUAUGGCUAAUUCUUCAGCAAAGGCAAUGGAAGCAACUAAAUUAUUAAUACGCAGUCAUCAGCGCACGAAACUUGAAUUGACAAAUGAAACUGAAUGCAACUAUUUGUUUGAGAGAUGGUCACAGCCUGAUUACCAAAAAGCAAUUCAUGAAUACCUAAGUGAUGAGAAAAACUUCUCGUAUUGACCAACUCCUCUGUCUAUAUCAGUCACAUGAUACUACUACUAUUACUACUACUACUACAUUGACUAGAUGUUCUUGGUGGUUUAGUCUUUGACUUCUGUCUCAUUCAGCUUCCCACUACAUUGUAAGAACAUUGCCCAAAGUUUUAAUAUGCUUUCUUCACUGUCAACUAUCUCAUGUCAUCAUUGAACAUGUUAUCUGAUGGAUCAUACUCUUUUAACAAUGAAACUUGAUAAAAUAAAAAAAAAAAUGAGUAAAAUAAAAUUCACACACACCUCACAAUCAAUAAAUAAAAAAGAAACAGAC